CCCUUCACCAUUACUAUGAUAGCAUACGAGAGAAAAACGACUUGCCUCAGGGCAUCGAAAUCCCCUCACGCCGCUCCUCUGGGUUCUGGCAAGGGGACGAGAAGAGAGAGGCAAAGCCUGCCGGUUGCCAGGGCCGCUGCGUUGCCAGGAAGCAUCACGGUUGCUAAGGAAGUGAGGUCACGGGCGCGCGGGGCGCUGCGCUGGUUUGCUGGAAGGCCGGCCGAGGAGGCUUGCUUCCGGCAAGAUAGUGUUGGGGAAGCCGGGGUCGGGAUGGGGACUAAGGCCGCGGAGCUCGGGUGCGUGAUGGAGGAACCUCCGCAGUCAAAUACCGUCAACAUGCCAGUGGUGAUACUACUUGGGUGGGCUGGCUGCAAGGACAGGUAUCUGGAGAAAUACAGCACCAUCUAUCUUCAGAAGGGAUGCAUAGUGAUCCGCUAUACUGCUCCCUGGAGAUUGGUGUUUUUUUCAGAAUCCAUGGGUAUAAAAUCCAUGCAGGAUUUGGCUAAGAAGCUGUUGGAGCUCCUCUUUGACUACAAGGUGGAGAUGAAGCCCCUGUUUUUUCAUGUCUUCAGCAAUGGAGGUGUCAUGUUUUAUCGUUACAUUGUGGAGUUGCUCCAUACACGGCCGGAGUUCCAGCACCUGAAGGUGGUGGGUGCUGUGUUUGACAGUGCUCCGGGACGGAAGAAUUUGAGAGGUGCACUUCGUGCCAUGUCAGUGGUCUUGGCAUCCUAUAAUGUGUGUGUUAAGUACUCCUUUAUGUUGACGUUUGUGAUUCUGGCAGUGACGUUACGGAUUGUGCUUUAUCCUUUUUCCCGCUUUGUACACGAGACUCACUAUGAUGCCCUGUUGAAGCAAUCUUCUCAAUGGCCUGAGCUCUACCUCUACUCCAAGGCUGAUCCUGUCAUUCUAGCAAGUGAUGUGGAGAACAUGAUAGAGGCCCGUAGGCAACAUCAUGUCCUUGUUAAGGCUGUGGACUUCAUAGACUCAAAUCAUGUCAGCCAUCUGCGGGCAUAUCCCACCUCAUAUAUGACUCAUUGCACAUCCUUCUUGUACAGUUGCAUUGGAAACACUUAGGCUCACCAAAGUAUAUGUUAGAGAAGGGUGCAGAAGUGUCUCUUCUCUCUCAAUAAUAUAUUUAUAUUCUAAAACAUAUGUGACUAGUACUGCUGCUCAUGGUGGAAAUUGGAGUAUUUCCUAGAAUUGGAUUAUCUGAAAUUAUUAGCUUGUUUCUCAUUUGGGAAUGAAACUCCAUGAAAAUUUGUGAGGAAGCGUAAUCUGAUGCAUUUACUGUUUCCCUUUGGUUGGGCUUAUAGGAAGGAUUAGGCAAACUGUGGCCUGCUGGUCUCCAGAGCCAUUUUUGUGGUCCUCUGGAACCCCAGGAAGUCAAAAAUAUUUUGCAUUCCAAAAUGACCCUAAAUGCAUUCUGUAGUGUGUAGAGAGCAUUUCCAGCAUUUUUGGAGUCUCCUGGGGCCUCUCAAAAUUUUAAAGCAAUUUUUUUGUCCUGAAAUACCCCAAAGUGGCUAUUAGGUGCAUGGGAUCUAUUUCUGCUCCUGUUUUCAAGCCUAGUUUAGGCCCAGGAGAGGCCUUAUUUUAAAAAUAAAAAUGAUGAAAAUGCUCUUAUACUCCCUGUAGCUAUUUAGAGGCAAAAAUAGUUUUGUUUUUUUGAAGUGAGUGGGCACUGCCCUCUAAGGCCUCCUGGGGCAGAUGAAUCCCCAUAGUCUUCCACAAUUGCACUCCGGUUUUUGGCUUUGGAAAGUGCUCAUAAUGAGCUGUGAGUACUCAAGCUUCUGGGUGAAAGAAAAACGGAACUUUAUGAUCUAUAUCAGUGAUUCCCAGCCUUUGGGCCUCCAGGUGUUUUGGACUUCAACUCCUAGAAAUCCCAGCCAGUUAGGAACUGUGAAAGCUGAAGUCUAAAACACCUGGAGGCCCAAAGGUUGGGAACCACUGAUCUAUAUAUAAAUAUAUUUCAUUUAUUUGUUUAAUUUGCAUACUGUGUUAUGUUGCUGUAGGCUGUGAAUGGCAGGAAUAACUAUACUAAGCACUGAAAUUGCCCUUCCAAAUACUGGCUCAUUCAAUUUAUUGUUUAAUCUCAGAGAUUGUAACAAGCACAGAGACUUACAUUUACCUGUGCCUCAUAAUGUUUUUCCUGUUUGCUCUGAUUGUGUGCAUUUACAUUGUUAUGUACAGCUCUCUAUAUUUUCAUAAAAGGCAGAUCAUGUGUCCUGCUUUGUACAUACUUGUAUUUUCUGUCCUUUUGGAUUUUCCAUCAUUCUGUUUUACAUCAUACUCUAUUGUAUGGCAUUCCAGGAAAAGAGAUGGGAACUCCUCAGAUUAGUUUUCUAUCCUUCAUUAAAUGCACAGAACCACAUGCUUGUUCUCCAUAUUAAUCUAAAAUAACACCCAGAUCUUUGCAUAUACACACUAUAAUCUGUGACAAUAAAUUUGGAUUGAAUGGAUCUAUGAAUACCAAAUGUGUUUGAUUAAUUUAAUCACACGGUUUGGACUGAUAGUUGGAUUAAUAUCCAUUAAAAGGUUGGAUUGGUCCAUCUUGGUAUACAUUGAUGUAUUUCCUCUUUAACAACUUUUAUCAGUUUGCCUGUUAUAGCAUUGGACACCUUUAUCUUCAAGUACGUACAUUUGUACACUUGGUCUGGACAUCUGGGGUAUUUUAUUUCUAGCUUAAUUGUGUAGCAGAAAUAAUGCACUGGGACAAUGGAAUAUGAUGCAAAUUUGUGAGGUGCUGAAACCAUUUCCAUUCCGGCUGGCUGGAAGAUGCAGUCUAAUGGAUUUUAAAUGCCUGUAGAGAAGAUGUUCUAGGACAGUAACACAAGUGAUCUAGAAAGAGUAGAUAACUUAGAUCCAAACCAUUAAUUGGAUGAUGUUUGUAAAGUUUUCAGGAGUUUGAUUUUUGUGUGUGUCAGGAGUGACUUGAGAAACUGCAAGUUGCUCUUAGUGUGCGAGAAUUGGUCGUCUGCAAGGAUGUUGCCCAGGGGACACCCGGUUGUUUGAUGUUUUACCAUCCUGUGGGAGGCUUCCUUCCCUGAUGUCUCCGUAAGGGGAGCUAGAACUGACAGAUGGUAUUUCACCUUGCUCACCUCAGUCAGCAGUCCUACCGGCACAAGGAUUUAACCUAUUGUGCCACCGGGGGUUUUGUUGCCGAUGGGAGUUUGAUGCCUGUAAACAAAAUGCAACCUCAGUUAUGCUAGGUGUAGAUGUGAUAUCGAGAUAUUUCAUUGCUCCUUCUUUCCAGUACAUUUUGAAGGACAUACUUUUUCUUUAAAUAGAAGUUACUUGCUGCCACAUGGGGCGAACACAGUCCAUUUUACAGCUGCUUUCCCACAACAUUGCAACAGAAUUGAAGAAGACUACCUGUGUGCAUGUCUAUAGAAGAACAGUUUAAAAUCUAGACCAUGACUGGAAAAGAAGGCCAGGUAAUAGCUUCAUCUGUAUGGAAUACAAUAGAGUCUCACUUAUCCAAUCUAAAUGGGCCAGCAGAACCUUGGAUAAGCGAAUAUCUUGGAUAAAAAGGAGGGAUUAAGGAAAAGUCUAUUAAACAUCAAAUUAGGUUAUGAUUUUACAAAUUAAGCACCAAAACAUCAUGUUAUACAACAAACUGGACAGAAAAAGUAGUUCAAUACGCAGUAAUGUUAUGUUGUAAUUACUGUAUUUACAAAUUUAGCACCAAAAUAUCACAAUAUAUUGAAAACAUGCAUUGGAUAAUCCAGAACCUUGGAUAAGCGAGUCUUGGAUAAGUGAGACUCUCCUGUAGCUGGCAAAAUUGACAUUAUCGCUUUGUGUUUGUUUCAGCCAGUAAGAUGUUGGGUUCAUAUUCUUACAGCUGAAUCCAAUGUUUGUGGCUGGAAAAGCAGUCUCAUUAGGUUUUAUGAGACUUGUUCCAAAGCUAGUAUUCAUGGAACUGUAGCUUCAAUUGUGAAGACGAUUUGAUAAUCUUGGGACAUCCAGAAUGUCAUUGUCCAACCUAUCUCAGAGUUUUUCUGAGGAAAACAUGAAGUAACUAUGUAAAUCUGUGUAAAGUCCUUCCAGAAAGCAGGAUUGAGCUACAAAUUAAAUUACUGAGUUUGAACUAUUGCACAACUCCUUUUGCUUGACCAUUUUGCACGUUUUAUAUUAUAAAAUGUUCUACUGUUUCCUUAUUCUACUUCUAUUUAUCUGCCAUAUGAUGGAUUUCCUGUUCUGUAUCUUUAAUUCAAAGCUAUAUGUGCUUUCCACAGCUUUAAUGUUUGAAUGGUACCUCCUCAAAUUAAUACUACUACUACUACUACUACUACUACUACUAGAAACAUUAAGCAUUUCAGUAGUUCUUAAAAUUCUUAUCUUCUUUAUUGGCUCAGAAAUGCCUUCCUUGUGGAGCAAAAGCACAGCUGGCUUCUCUUUAGUGGUCCUGAGUCCAAACUGUAAGAGACUCGGGAUUAUAACUGUCCAUCAGGUUACUAUUUUUUAAAAUGGGAGUGGGUAACUGUGGCUCUCCAAAUAUUGUAUGACUGUUCCAGAAAUGUUGAAAACAUGAGGAAAAGUUUUCCCCUCCAUUUCCACUUAAUAAAAGAAAUCCUGGUGAAAUCAGA